CCCGCUCUUGGGCUCCGCCUCGCUGGCGUGCAUUGAACCAGCGGAGCAAGGUCUGGCGGGGGUGCCCCUCGCGGGCUUGGGGAGGGGGCUCCGAAUCCAGCGGGGAGCCGCCUUCCCUUGCGCACACCUGUCCUUGCACGUUGCAGGGAGGUUAAACUAUUUUCUUUCAAUGUGAAGGCUUCAUCACCAUUCUCUGAAGAUGAAGAUAGUCCUUAUGGUAGCCGAGAAGCCCUCUCUGGCUCAGUCCAUCGCCAAAAUCCUUUCAAGAGGAAACAUGUCAUCUCGCAAAGGAUUAAACGGGGCGUGUUCUGUCCAUGAAUUCACUGGUCCUUUCAUUGGGCAAACUGUCCACUUCAAGAUGACGUCCGUAUGUGGUCAUGUGAUGACGCUGGAUUUUAUAGGAAAAUACAACAACUGGGAUAAAGUUGACCCCGCUGAACUUUUUAGUAAAGCGCCAACCGAAAAGAAAGAAGCCAACCCAAAACUAAACAUGGUGAAAUUCUUACAGGUGGAAGGGAGAGGAUGCGAUUACAUUGUUCUGUGGCUAGAUUGCGACAAGGAAGGUGAAAAUAUAUGCUUUGAGGUGCUGGAUGCAACCCUCCCCGUGAUGAAUAAACCUCGUGGGGGCGAGAAGACGACCUACCGAGCCAAAUUCAGCUCCAUCACUGACACGGAUAUUUGCAACGCCAUGAACCAGUUGGGCGAACCCAACCACAAUGAAGCUCUCUCGGUGGACGCACGCCAAGAGUUAGACCUGAGGAUCGGCUGUGCGUUUACAAGGUUUCAGACAAAAUAUUUCCAGGGUAAAUACGGCAAUUUAGACAGUUCGCUGAUCUCCUUUGGACCUUGUCAGACGCCCACGCUGGGGUUUUGUGUGGAGCGCCAUGAUAAAAUCCAGUCGUUCAAACCUGAAACCUACUGGGUGUUACAAGCCAAGGUUAUUCCUGAAAAAGACAGUUGUUUGACCCUGGAAUGGGACAGAGUGAGGAUCUUUGACCGAGAAAUUGCUCAGAUGUUUUUGAACCUAACAAAAAUGGCAAAGGAAGCCAAGGUAGAAUCAGUGAGUAAAAAGGAGAAAGUGAAACAACGACCCCUCGCUCUUAAUACGGUGGAAAUGUUGCGGGUUGCCAGUGCUGCGUUGGGAAUGGGACCGCAGCAUACGAUGCAGAUAGCUGAACGGCUAUAUACCCAGGGCUACAUUAGCUACCCUCGAACAGAAACGACGCACUAUCCUGAAAAUUUCGAUUUGAAAGGGCCUUUGCGACAACAAGCUAAUAAUCCUUACUGGGCUGAAACCGUCAAAACGUUGUUAGUGGAAGGCAUCAACAGGCCACGGAAAGGCCACGACGCUGGAGAUCACCCCCCCAUCACCCCAAUGAGAGCUGCCUCUGAGGCAGAAUUAGGGGGUGAUGGAUGGAGGCUGUACGAGUACAUUACAAGGCAUUUUAUCGCCACUAUCAGUUCUGACUGCAAAUACCUUCAAACUACUAUUGCGUGCAGCGUCGCAUCGGAACGCUUCACCUGCAUAGGAAAGACGGUUCUUUCGCCAGGGUUUACCGAAGUUAUGCCUUGGCAAACUAUUCCGUUGGAAGAGAGCCUGCCCACUUGUGACCGAGGAGACCUCUUCCCCGUGAGCGAAGUGAAGCUGUUGGAGAAGCAGACCUGCCCGCCCGAUUAUCUGACAGAAGCUGAACUCAUCACGUUGAUGGAGAAACAUGGGAUAGGAACGGAUGCCAGCAUUCCUGUCCAUAUCAACAACAUCUGCCAACGCAACUAUGUCACUGUGGAAGGGGGCCGAAGGCUGAAGCCUACCAACCUGGGCAUAGUUUUGGUGCAUGGCUAUUACAAAAUAGAUGCGGAGCUGGUGCUGCCCACCAUCCGUAGCGCGGUGGAAAAGCAGCUCAACCUGAUUGCUCAAGGGAAAGCCAACUUCCACCAGGUGCUGGAACACACCUUGGACAUCUUCAAGAGGAAGUUCCACUACUUUGUGGAUUCCAUCGCUGGUAUGGAUGAGUUAAUGGAAGUGUCUUUUUCACCUCUGGCUGCCACAGGGAAGCCUCUCUCCCGAUGCGGCAAAUGUCAUCGUUUCAUGAAAUACAUCCAGGCCAAGCCAAGCCGUCUCCACUGCUCGCACUGCGACGAGACCUACAGCCUCCCCCAGAACGGGACGAUCAAACUCUACAAAGAGUUGCGAUGCCCCCUGGAUGAUUUUGAGCUGGUGCUGUGGUCUUCCGGUUCCAGGGGGAAGAGUUACCCGCUGUGCCCUUACUGUUACAAUAACCCCCCUUUUAGGGAUAUGAAAAAAGGAAUGGGUUGCAACGAAUGUACCCACCCCAACUGCCAACAUUCGCUGAACCUGCUUGGCAUCGGCCAGUGCGUCGAGUGCGAAAGUGGCGUGCUGGUGCUGGACCCCAUCUCUGGGCCCAAGUGGAAAAUGGCUUGCAACAAAUGCAACGUGGUGGUGCAUUUCUUCGAAAACGCGCACAAGGUGCGGGUGUCGGCUGAGACCUGCGACGCCUGCAACGCCGCCCUGAUGGACGUGGAUUUCAACAAGGCCAAGUCGCCGCUGCCUGGCGGCGAGACCCAGCACACCGGCUGCGUCUUCUGCGACGUGGUCUUCCAGGACCUGGUGGAAUUGAAGCACGCGGCCAUGAAGCACCCCAUGCACCGGGGCGGGCAGGGGAAACGGCAGGGGCGAGGGAGGGGAGGCAAGGGCUGGCGGCUCGGGGCCCGGCAGCCUCGUAAGAAGCCGAAAGACAAGAUGGCGGCCCUCGCGGCUUUUUUUGUAUGAUUCGCUGUUGUGCAGAAAGUGUUUCGUAAUAAAAUCUCCCCCUC